AUGGCGGCUGCUUUUGUGAAAGAAGAUCUGAGCUGCUUCAUCUGCCUGAACCCCUAUAAGGACCCGGUGUUGUUGCGGUGUGGACACAGCUUCUGCAGAGACUGUAUUGCACAUGAGCUGGAUACACAGGGAGGGUCCAGAGUUUAUACCUGUCCAAACUGCGGGGCAGAAUUUUUGGAGCGCCCUCCGAUGCUGCAUAAGAAGAGACGGCUGCAUGCGGUGGAGACAGUCCCUUGUACAUACUGCGAUGGUCCUAUUCCUGCAGAGAAGACAUGCCUGCAUUGUGAUGCUUCACUUUGUGCCAAACACCUAACGAAGCACAGUACGGCACCUGAACAUGUUCUGAUAGAGCCUACUGCAACCCCGGAGGAUAGAAAGUGCCCCUUGCACCGGCAGCUCCUGGAUCAUUACUGCACAGAGGAUGACGUCUUUAUCUGCUCCCCCUGCUACCUUGGCGGAGACCACCAAAAUCACGAGGUGCUGUAUCUGAAUAUUCAAUCUGCUGAGAAUGAGAACAAAAACAUAAAUCUGUUUAUAGAAAAUCUGAGCAAGGAAAGACAGAAAAUACAGGAUCAGAUUGAGAGUCUGCAGGACUAUGAGGAAGCACAAGGAAAACAAAUAGAUGCUGUCGGCGAACGAGUCACAACCCAAAUCCAAAAUGUCUGGCGAGAGCUGGAACUUCUUCAUAAUAAGGUCCUGACUGAGGUCCAAGUACAGAAAAUAAAAAGUUCAGAAUUAGUCCUUGAUUGGAAAAAGAAGCUGGAGGAGCAGAGGCAAGAGCUGUCCGGAAAGAUUAGCGAUAUGCAGGAGUUAUGUGAUAUAAGCGAUCCUUUGACUUUUCUCAAGAAAGUAAUGGGAACUGAUUUAAUCGGGAUCUUCAAUGACAAAAAUAGCAAAGUAAUCGGUAAUGAGUUCGACGAAACACCAAUUUCAGAGAUGCUGUACAAGGAACUCCUACAAUUCGCCGAUGGUCUGAAUAAACGGAUGCUGAAGGAUGCCUUUCCAAAGAUGAAGAAAUCGGAGAUCACCCUGGACAUGAAGACUGCUCAUUGUAAAAUUAAAAUAAGAAGUUCCAGAACCGCCUCUUAUAGCGCAAAUCGUCAAGUUAGACGCGGUUGUCCUGAGAGGUUCCGAUCCCAACAUGUAUUGAGUAAGUGCAAAUUCUCAUCGGGAAAUCACUACUGGGAGGUGCAGGUGAUGGGAACACAAUGUAGCAUUGGAGUCGCCUAUGAUAAUAUAGAGAGAAAGACGGCAAGAAAUGACUCACGUAUUGGUUACAACAGGAGAUCCUGGAGUCUCAGUAUAGAUAACAAUCUUAGCGUGAGGCACAACAAUGCUAAAAUAAGAAUGCCCACCGAUUCUCCAGUGAGGUCAUUUGGGAUAUUCCUGGAAUAUGAGGCCGGCCGUCUGUCCUUCUACCAACUGUGUGAUCCCAUCAGACACCUCCACACCUUCACCACCACCUUCACCCGACCCUUGCAUGCUGCAUUCUAUCUUGGUGAGGGUUCCAGAAUUACAAUCCUAAAUUAA